AGUAAGUGACGAAAAUGAAAUUUUAGGAUACUUUUCCCCUAAAAUUUAGAGAAACAAAAGAGUUUUACACGGAGUAUGUUUAGUCUGUGUCCUGGUUAAUUGAGAACAUGGAUGGCCCUAAACUACGGUGUAACGAGAGAGCCAUAACCGUUUUAGUUGUGUUGUUGAUGCCAUUGGCGCUGCCAACUGUUCUUGGUUGGGGAAAGGAUGGCCACUAUGCAAUUUGUAAGAUUUCACUGGAGUAUCUUAGUGAAGAUGCUCUAUUUGCGGUUAAACAACUGCUUCCAGAUUCUGCCGAAGGCGAUCUUGCUGCCGUUUGCUCUUGGCCUGACGAGGUUCGGCAUAAUCGCCAUUAUCGUUGGAGUAGUGCUUUACACUAUGUUGAUACUCCAGAUUUCAAGUGUAACUAUCAAUACUGCAAUUGUCUUGGGCUUUUUAUAGGAGACUGUCACGAUUCUUCCGGACAUAAACAUAGAUGUGUUACUGGAGCAAUAUACAAUUAUACAAUGCAACUCAAAUCAGCUCGUGGUGAUGCUUCAUCUGAAUUAAAGUAUAAUUUGACAGAGGCACUUAUGUUCUUGUCACAUUUUGUUGGGGAUGUUCAUCAGCCCUUACAUGUUGGUUUUACCGGAGACUUGGGUGGAAACUCAAUAACAGUUCGGUGGUACAGGAGGAAAACAAAUCUUCAUCAUGUAUGGGAUGACAUGAUUAUUGAGUCUGCUCUGAAAACAUUCUAUGGUUCAGAUCUUUCAAUUAUGAUACAGGCUAUUCAAAGCAAUAUUACUGAUAUUUGGUCAAAUGAUAUAUCUUUUUGGGAACAUUGUGCGCACAACUACACAGCAUGUCCAGAUCGGUAUGCUUCUGAGAGCAUUAGCUUGGCAUGCAAGUUUGCAUAUAAGAAUGCCACACCAGGAAGCACUUUGGAAGAUGAGUACUUCCUUUCUCGGCUGCCUAUUGUGGAGAAAAGGCUGGCUCAAGGUGGUGUGAGACUUGCAGCUAUCCUCAACCGCAUUUUUACUUCCAACAAGGCCAGUAUAGCUCAAGCUUGAAACUAUAAUAUUUUAAAAAUUAUAUUAUUUAAAGAUAAUUUGACUUUACUAGAUAUAUAUUUAGGAGGAUAAGAAAUGUGUCACAAGUCCUAUAUUGAGUAGAUAAACGUGUUUAAUGUAGUACUUAAGCCACAAUGCUCUUCCACUUAAAAGACUGAUCUUUUGGGUUGAAAUUUUUUCAUGAGCUUAGGUCAUAAUAAUUGGUGUUUUUGUUGA